AUCAGCAGCGCGGCGACGCCCAUAGCAACCCUCUCACAUCCUCCUCCUCCUCCUCAUCCUCCUCCUCCCUGUUUUUCUCCCAGCAGCUGCUUACGACCGAUUAAUCCCUCUACAUUUUAGCGAUCUCCCUUAGCUGCACCCUGUCUUCCUUUCAGCAUUGCGCUGUUUUUAGCCUAUGUCUUCACAGCGCCAUGAACAUUUCCGCCGCAUCUGCAAAAGCCACACCCCAUUUUCACAGUCCUGAGUCUAGCUGAAAGAAAGGCCACGCCCCCCAUCAGGACUCACCUGACCGAUCAGGGAACUGGCAGCUCCGCCCACUCCGCCCUCUCGAUGAGGGACAAAGCCACCCAGACCCCCAGGGCCUGGGUAGAUGAGCGCAGGAGGGGCUCCCACAAGCGAUCGGCAUCCUGCGGCAGCACCGAUCAGCUAAAGGAGAUAGCAAAAUUGCGGCAGCAGCUGCAGCGCAGCAAACGCAGCAGUCGCCAUCGACGCGAUAAGGAGCGCAAAUCUCCCUUCAAUGGCAACCAUGCUAUUAUCCAAUCACAGUCUCAGAUGCCUAAAACCAUCCUGAUCCCCAUCCCCAUCUCCAAGUCCACUCCUCCUCGCUUCCGCAACAGCAUUGAGGGCCUCAACCAGGAGAUCGAGCGCAUCAUCAUACGAGACACGCCAGAGCGAGAUGAGGUCAUCAUUCCGCAGGACGUUCCUGACGGACACCGUGCGCCCCCGCCCCUCCCUCAACGCAGCAGCAGCACACGCAGCAUCGACACACAGACACCCUCAGGAAGAAGCCUGGGUGGUAACCGUAGCAACAGCAGCAGCCGGGCGGACUCGGUGUCCCCGUCGUACCUCAGCAUCCUGAACGAUGCGAUGGGAAACAGUCCCCUAAAUAACGAUGACACACUCAACGAGAGCAGGGAAAGAGAUCUGGGGCUGUACUCACCCCUGCCCAAGUACGCGUCCUCUCCCAAACCCAACAACAGCUACAUGUUCAAGCGGGAGCCUCCUGAGGGCUGUGAAAGAGUCAAGGUCUUCGAGGAGAACCAGCCCAGGCCUCUGCAGGAGAUCCCUCCGUACCUGUGUCCAGACCGGAACAAGGUGAACUUCAUCCCCAAGAGUGGCUCUGCGUUUUGCCUCGUCAGCAUCCUGAAGCCUCUGCUGCCCACACAGGAGCUGAGCUUCCGCGGUGGCAUGACUUACCGCAGUCUCUCUCCCUCACUCGUCCCUCUGAGCGGGGUCGGGGUGCGCAGCCUAUCCCCUUCCCUCGGCCCCGUCCUGACACGAGGACGCCAGUCCCCUUGCCUCCCACGCCAUCUGGAGGAACCUGAGGGUUAGAUUUCCUCCAGGAUCUCCACCAGUCGAGGAAUUUCAUAGCCUGCAUCAUUUCCAAACAGACUCGUUUCCUCAUUCGAUCCAAAAUCUCAAAGCUGUGACCGCAUCAGGGCUCGAUUUGUUGCACCGAUCCAAAUCGCUAGCUGAAGCUUGAAUGUGAGAUCGUUAACAUGAUGCUACUGUGUCUUUCUUUUACUGUCAGCCAGGGAUUCGGAUGAAGUGGUGAAGUGUACGUGUGUAGUGUUUUUUUUUUCCUUCUUCUUUUACUUACUUUGUGUUUUAUCACAGUUGACCAUCAAAGCCUUUGAAGAGCCAAGGUUCCUUGUACAUAUCCCUCUAACUUUUUUUUUGGACUGUCAGAAGAAUGUGGGACUCCAGUGUGUUGUGUGUAUGUACAGUAUGUGUGUGUUAUGAGUAGUUAACAUGCACAGAGAAAAAAAAAAUGUAGCUAAUAACAGGGACGGACGGAAAAAAAAAAUCCCGAUCCCAUGCCUGAUACUCACUGUCUGUAGCAGCAUAAUACCUCUCCAGGGGUCUCAUUUAUUACAUUCAUUAUACAUUCAAGAGUGUAUAAAAGUCUUUCUGAAUUUAUUACAAAAACUAGUAUUUAUAAUAAAAAACAAAACUUUGCAUACACACAGUUAUACCCAAUGAAUGAGAACAAAUAUCAAUACCCUGUAUAUUGCUCCACUUGAGCACAGUCAUGUUUGCAUAAAAAAAGCCCCCCGCCCAAUUUACCAUAUAUGGUAAACAACUUCCUUGAGUUAAAGCAUUUUGUCAAAAACAAGCAAACUCCAGAUGAUGUGAAAAUACAAUUCUGUUAAACAAAAAAAGAGUCUGGACCACCAGAUCAGAGAGGGUAGUUUUGUUUUUUAAAUUAAUUUUAACUUUUGUGUAGACCGAACAAAACUAAAUGAAUUUGAAUGAAAUUUUAAAAAAGACUUUUUUUUUAAUUUAUUUAUUUUUUUAACGAUUCAGCAGGUUUGCGAUCUCAAAUGUUUGACCACAGCUCUGUCGAAUUCCUUUGGUAAGGUGACAUUUUCUUUAAGGAGACAUUUAUCUAAUAUUUACGGAAGGAACAGUCAGAGGUAAAUCUGUAAAGUUUACACUUUGUGGUUUCGUACUAACACGAUAAGCUACGUUGGGUUGGGUUUUUUUUUUUUCAACUUCAAGACAGAGAAAAAGAAGGUCAUGACUCUUUACGGCUGCUACGACAUAAGUGAUAACAGGACUAGAAACAGAUUAAAAGUAUGAUGCGGUCUACCUUUAACGAAGGAAAAUUAUAGUUGCUGUGGAAUAAGAGGAAUAAAAUUCUUCAGUACACACGCCACACACUGUCUGCAUGCACCAUCUGUAAAUGAGACCCCUGGUUCCUGAUUUACUCCAGUGUAUAAAAAAAAUCGUCACUUUUCCCUUCCUCGAUCAUACGCUUUAUAUGAAGCUGCAGGUGAAACAAGAGGAUCUGGUGCUAUGUAAUGUUAAUUGUACUGUUCUUGUUUUGGGCUGAAAUGGGAAGAGAGCGGAUUUUAUGAUCAGUGUUGAGUGGAUACAAUUUGACAAAUAUGGCAGAGGAGAAAGAAAGAAAAAGAUGUUUCCAUUCAAAUGUUUUGCAAAAUUGUUGGAAAGUAACUAAUGUAACAUCAUUUUUUAGGAGAUAGUACUUAGCUCAUUUUUGUGUACAAUUAGAGACUAAAUUUAAACAUAAUUAGAAAUAAAAGUACAUCAUAGAUAACGUGCAAUGAUCUAUAGACAGUGUUUGGAUACCAGUUACAGGAACAAGAACUUUGAGAAUGCUGAUUUCUUUUUCAUUUAAAUUAUAUUCUUUUUUUUUUUUUAAAAUGGAGUGAAGCUCAGAAAUAUAUAUUAUAUGAUGGAUGAACGCAAGUUUUAAAACAAGAAGGUGGUUUUCCUAGACAAAAAUCCAGUAGAGUUGGAAACAUGUGGAUGGAAACGGCAUCUCUGGAGAUAAUCUGAGAGGAACCGUAGCAUAUUUAUACUGUAAAUGAAUUCACGCAUCAUACUGUGAAGCUCACCUUUCUUCCUUUAACAAGAGUUAGACACGAGAGGGAAAAACAUGUGUACUGCCUUAAAAAUACCUAAAUAUUUAAAUUAGAAUAUUCAAUUUAAGUGGCUGUUCUUACCACACAAACAAGCCAAAUGAUGCCUCUAGCACUGUUUCUGUGUGUGGAUCGUCUUCGGGAUCAAAAGCUACGUCCUAAAAGCCUUCCAUCAGGAAAAUGACUUCCUGAAAAAUUUGUAAAAUAUACAAACAAACAAACAAAAAAAAAACACCAAAAAAACAAACAAAACAAAAAUGAAACAUCUGAACCAAUCUGGUCAAAUACAAGGAGUUUAUUUAUUUAUUUUAUCGUCUGGUCGGUUGUCACUUGAGUACAGUCACUGUAAAGAUCUCAUCUGUUCAUAAUGUUGUAAAUUGUUACAUGAUCAGUUGGGGGGGGGGGGGGGGGGGGGAUCAUUACUUGCAUAAAAUAAAUCAAGUCAAAUGCAGCCAUGUGUGGUGCAGGGUACAUUCUUUAUGCUUGUGAAGUUAAAAAGGUUUUAAAAACAAUGAAAUGUGCAAGGCAAUAUAGAAAUCUUUUUUUUCUUCUUCACAUUAUUACAUUUCAGAAAAAAGUAUUGGUGUGUGCAUUCAGGCAUGAGUGGAAUGUAAAGUUGUUUUAUCAGUUUGCAUACAUUCGUGAAACAAAUGAAUAAGAAUACAAGAGAUCGGUAGAGUUCAACCAAUAGGUGCCAAUACAUUUACAAAUGUUAAACAACCACCCCAACCCCACCCGCAAAAAAAAAAAAAAACAAAGGUCAGACAUGAAU